AUGAAUGUUGUCACAGGACGGCGUUCCGAUUCCGAUGAUCCAAUCGGUAUGACUAAGGCCAUCAACACCGCCACCAGCAGUCCCACCACCUCUGAAAACUCCGUCAAGAACGAUAAGAAAAAGAAGUCUAUCAUUCCAAAGAUUUUUUGUUCCAAGAGAAGAGAAAGUUUAGAAGAGGAUUUGUGUCAAUCUGAUGAAGUUAAACAAGAAAGGCACAGCAGCUCGGCGAUUGAAGGGUUAAAUCUAUUUAGCUUUGAUCAGUCUAUGGCUCCGGCUACUGUAAUUCGAGACAUCCGUAUCUUUGUUGCAACAUGGAAUGUGGGAGGGAAGGCUCCAAACCCUGGACUCAACCUGGAGGAUUUCUUGCAGGUGGAGGGCUCUUCAGACUUAUAUGUCUUAGGGUUUCAAGAAAUUGUUCCGUUGAGCGCCGGAAACAUUCUGGUGAUUGAAGACAAUGAACCAGCAGCAAGAUGGCUAGCCCUCAUAAGCCAGGCACUCAACAAACCACACCAUGAUUCUUCCAUCCAUUCUUAUGAUUCAGGCUCAGUUUCAAAACACUCAAACAAUUCAACUGAAUCGAAAUCCAACUUCUUCCACAAGCCCUCUCUCAAAGUCCUCAGCAAAAAUCUGAGGGGAGAAACUUCCCUUCUCAAGGCCUGCAACUGCCCUCUCGACUCCCCGGACUCGAUCAGGCACCGGAGACCAAGAAAACUGAUGAGUGAAUCCUUCAGCUCUCCGAUGGAGCGUCAUGGUUCUAAUAUAGAUGAUCACUUUCUUUCAAUUGCAGAGAUUGAUGAUCCACCACCUAACCAGUUGAGUUAUAGACUCAUAGAAAGUAAACAAAUGGUGGGGAUUUUCCUUUCUGUUUGGGCUAGAAAAGAACUUGUUCAACAUAUUGGACAUCUCAGAAUUUCAUCUCUUGGAAGAGGAAUCAUGGGCUGUCUUGGCAACAAGGGUUGUAUAGCUAUAAGCUUGUCAUUGCACCAAACAAGCUUUUGCUUCGUUUGCAGUCACCUAGCUUCUGGGGAGAAGGAAGGAGAUGAGCUGAAAAGGAAUGCUGAUGUUGCUGAGAUCCUCAAGAGCACACAGUUUCCCAGGGUCUGCAAGAACCCUAAUCGACAAAUGCCAGAAAGAAUCAUUGAUCAUGACCGAAUAAUUUGGCUUGGAGACUUGAAUUACCGGGUGUCUUUGAGCUAUGAGGAAACAAGGCUUCUGUUGGAGGGUAAUGACUGGGACUCCCUCCUAGAAAAGGAUCAGUUGAAUAUGGAGAGGGAAGCAGGAAGAGUGUUUAGUGGAUGGAGUGAAGGAAGAAUCUUCUUUGCCCCGACUUACAAGUACACCCACAACUCAGACUCCUAUGCCGGAGAGACAGUCAAGUCCAAGAAGAAAAGGCGAACUCCUGCAUGGUGUGACAGGAUAUUAUGGCGUGGCAGUGGCAUUGAACAACUAUCUUAUAUACGAGGAGAAUCAAGAUUUUCAGAUCACAGACCAGUGUGUGGUGUGUUUGCAGUGGAGGUGGAGACGAAGAACAAAGCCACCAAGUUUAGGAAGGGUUUCUCUUGCCCCGCCACCGCAAUGGACUACGAAAAUUUCAUACCACAAAGACAUAGCUUUUAUGAGUUUUGA